UCUAUUAAUGACAGCGUCUGCCUUAAACCUGUGAACUUGCACAAGUGUGGAGAAUUUUGUACUUACCAUGUGACAUUUAAUUUAAACUAUGCCAAUCUAGCAAUUAUCAUUCUAUUCGCUGCGUCAUGUCAAGUAUUGGCAGCACGAAACGUAUGGCUAGUGCAUCGCCUGCCACAACGGUUCAUUGAAAUGUGUCUUCUGCAACUGUAAGCACCCGCCUGGAAAAAUGGUACAGGAUGUGAAGUGACCUAAACACCUUCGUUGUUUCCGACGCACACAAGCUCAUUAGAGAAUUCGAGGAUGUGAGAAAUCAUUUGUCAAAUUGGCAGAACGGUGAAAGAUAGAGUUGCUCAAAAGCAAGCGAGCUGCUAGCGUGACUGAGGAACGAAGUUUCGAAUUCCAUCUAGCGCACCGCGAGCAGACGAUUCCCCAAUGCUUGAAGUAUGCGACUUCGGUUUCCGAAACGCUCCUCGAGGUGGCACUGCUAAAAAGGCUCAAGGGGUCGUGACUGCAACGAGGCCCAACGACAGGACACCGCUCCUGAGGCAUACCCGUCUGUUCCGAAGCCUAAGCGGUGGCACUCAAAGCCCGCAACAGCAGACGACGUCGGGACCCGGGCAACAAGCCCGACGUUUGGCGACUUUUUCAGGAUGUUUCACGCCCGUGUGCUUGUCAAUGUUCAGUGCAAUAUUGUUUCUCCGUGUGGGUUUUCUAAUAGGACAUUCAGGCCUGUUCGAGGUUAUGGUUGAAAUUGUGCUCGCGUAUGCCAUCCUGUUCUUCACUGUCCUGUCCAUUUGUGCAAUUUCAACAAACGGAGCAGUGGAAGGCGGCGGAGCUUACUUCAUGAUAAGCAGAGCUUUGGGACCUGAAUUUGGGGGCAGCAUCGGCACCUUGUUCUUUAUCGCCAACAUAUUCUCAAGCGCCCUCUACAUAACUGGCUGUGUGGAAGGGCUCGUCAACAAUUUCGGACCCUCUGGUGGCAUUGCUCGGCUCAUCCCAGAGGGUUUCUGGUUCAACCUCGGGUAUGGGACGGCGGUGAACUUCCUCAACCUGUUCAUAUGCGCCAUUGGGGCUACCAUGUUUGCGAAGACUACCGUGGUGAUCUUUGCCGUGGUGAUCAUCUCCGCACUCUCUGUGGUGGUGAGCUUUAUGGCACAGCCAGCCUUUGAGGUGACGUUGCCCGAGGAGAACCAGCAUGCACACGGUCUCAACAUCACCCAAGCGGCCUACACGGGCUUCAGCUGGGCCACCUUCACGAGCAAUAUUUGGUCCAACUACACACUCGACUACACAACAAAAACCAUCACGAGUUUUCCCGUGGUGUUUGGUGUGCUCUUCAGCGGUGUCACUGGUGUCAUGGCAGGGGCAAACAUGUCAGGUGAACUGAAGGACCCAUCAAGAGCCAUUCCAAGGGGAACUCUGUCAGCCGUGGGGUUCACUUUUGUGACUUACAUCAUACUCAUGUUCCUAACAGCAAGCACCUGUUCCAGGUUUCUUCUGCAGAACAAUGUCCUCUACAUGCAGUACAUCGACCUAUGGCCUCCCUUCAUAUCCAUUGGCAUCUUUUUUGCCACGCUGUCGGCGUCACUGAGCAACCUCAUCGGAGCCUCGCGGGUACUCGAGGCUCUUGGGAAGGAUGAACUUUUCGGCAUGGUACUGCGUCCAGUGAACGUCUUAACCUACAAGAGCAACCCCCUGGCUGCAGUCUUUCUCUCCUGGUUCCUCGUCCAGUUGAUACUCUUCAUUGGAAGCCUGAACACCAUCGCUCAGGUCACUUCAGUCUUCUUCCUCCUCUCCUAUUUGUCCACAAACCUGGCUUGCCUGGCACUGGACCUGGCAUCAGCACCUAACUUCAGGCCAUCAUUCAAAUACUUCUCCUGGCACACUUCCCUGCUUGGACUGGUGGGAUGUGGCACCAUGAUGUUUGUUGUGAGCCCGCUCUACGCAGCCAUAUCUAUCAUCAUCUGCCUUGUGCUUGUGAUUGCGUUGCACCUGCGCUCACCACCAGUGCGUUGGGGAUCUAUUAGCCAGGCUCUUAUCUUUCAUCAGGUUCGAAAGUACUUGCUCCUGCUGGACAGCCGCAAGGAUCACGUCAAGUAUUGGCGGCCGCAAUUCUUGCUCAUGGUGGCCAACCCACGUUCCUCUUUGCCUCUCAUACUCUUUGCCAAUGACCUGAAGAAAAGUGGUCUAUAUGUCCUGGGGCACGUAAAGAUUGGCGCCCCGAGUGACUUCAAGGCAGAUCCAGUACUCGAAGAAUAUCCGUACUGGCUUUCCCUGCUAGACAAGCUUAAAGUAAAGGCAUUUGUUGAAGUAACCAUGGCACCGAGCGUGCAAGAAGGAUUGCAUCACUUAGUGCGGGUCUCUGGACUUGGAGCUAUGAAGCCAAACACAAUCCUUUUUGGAUUCUACGAUGAUAGCCAGCCAAGUGACUUCUUUGAGCAGAAUUCAACUUUCAAGGAACUCAAGAUGGCUAAGGUUCGCGAAGAACAGUUCCUGGGCCUCCGAGGGGAUGCCUACGAGCACCGCGGUCUCGAGCCGGCCGAGUACGUUCGCAUGGUUCACGACUGCAUGUUCUGGAUGCAGAAGAACGUGUGCCUCGCGCGACACUUCCAGCACCUGGACCGCGCCGCGGUUGUGCGCUCUCGACACCGCCUCUACAUCGACGUGUGGCCCGUCAACUUCCUCCACCCGGAGGAGAGCCCCUCCGCCAUCGACAACUGCUGGCUCUUCACUAUGCAAUUGGCCUGCAUCCUGCACAUGGUGUCCGGCUGGAAGCACUCGACCACGCUCCGCAUCUUCAUGUGCGUCGGGUCGUUCGGUGCCUCGGGUGACGGCGGCGAAGAGGUCGCGCGCCACCGUCGACACUGGGAGAGCAUGUUGCAGCUCCUCCGCAUAGAGGCAACCAUCAGCGUCGUCCUGUGGGACCACGUGGUUGGCAUGGCGGAUCUGACCUCAAAGGGGCCGCCUCCAAACGACUACCUCCGUGCCGUAAACGCUAUGGUGAAGCAGCACAGCCAGACUACGGCCGUGCUGUUCCUGUACCUUCCGCCACCCCCGGCUCACGGAGACGAGGAGAGGCUGCAAUACUUGGAGCAACUCGAUUUGUUGACGUCGGGGUUGCCGCCCACGAUGCUCGUGCAUGGAAUCUCUCCCGUGACGUCCAUCACACUGUGAGGGUGUCGUUCGGCGUGCCGUCGCAAGACUUGUGGGCAAAACUGGGGAGCACUUCCGGAAAGGAGUUAUGUCUUUUGCUGUAUAGGAAGGAGUUUCUGCGGAGUUUGGAAUGGGAGUUGUCAUGUCGCAAAGGGGCGGACCCUCGUGACACCCGGCAGUGACGCACUAGCUCCGCAAGACUAUAUAUAGGCUUAGGACGGGGCUGCAUUGGAUUUGGGAAACGUGUGAAUUUUUUUUGCUGUACAAAAGGUUUUUUUUUGUGAAACGAGUCUUUCAAAGCUGCUUCACUGUCAUUGGACACAGUGUGUGGUGUGUCACAAAAAGGGAGUGGAUACUCGUGACACAAGCUGUGCACCAAAGUGACAGAAUCUCCAACGCUGUUAGACUAGAUUGCUGUCCUCUGUCGUGGAUGUCUUGCAGCCAGAAUAAUGCUGGUAGGCUGCAAAAGUAUGAUGGGUCUUUGUUGCAGUUCCAGUGUUGGCCGUUUUGAAGAUAACCGCAGGAUACUUGAGUGGUGUCGUACCACAGCCGCGGGCGCGUUCCAUGCAAAGAUACUGAUCCAAAACUGCUUUUGACGACAACUGCAGUUCUCAAAAUAGCAGUCUUUCGGAGCAUAUCCUUCGCAUGGAACUCAUUUUAACUUUCUCAGUACUGAAGUUUUAGUUUCAAGGGUUUUUACGGGAACUAAGUGCUGUAAAUGCCGCAGAUCUGCUUGGAUACGGGGGGUGUGUUGACUAGGUAGUUAAUUAGCUUGUAUCAAUUGAAACGUGUACAUAGAGUAAAAUGAACAAUGUCCUCAAAAGGCUACACUUCUGCAGGCUACUUCCCCAGCACAUAAAGAGCACAUAUCAUUUAUUGCAGUGAUGUUGUACAAGACCUGAAGUGCUGUGAGCUUAUGUGAUCAAUACUAAGUAUAUUUCGUGUUUAGUUUACGUACGGUAAAUAAUAUUUAUAUACGCAGGAAUAUAGUUUAACUUCCGAAUAAAUUGUGUGAGAGGUACCGUAGUUUUUGAAAAAUAUAUUUCAGUCUAAUAAUAAAUCGAUACAGUACUUGUUGGGACAUAGGGUGCGCUGCUUUUCACUUCAUAUAGGUCAUAUAGGUUCUGUCAUAUAGGUUCAACCCGUGUAUGAUGCAACACACAGUUUGUGUGCUAUUAUGGAACUACGGUAGGAUGGAGGUCUAAUGUCAAGCAAGCCGUGAACUGUGAAAAAGUAGCGCAUCUUAUAAUGGAAUAAAUACAGCGAAUCAUCGUAAGUGCUUACCUCUACGGAUUCUUUCUUAUGCUAACAGUCAUCACUUCAUAUGUGCUGACCCUCUUCUGAAUACUCUGUUAUAUACGUUGAUUGCACACUUGAGUAUGAGUUGCUGAAACGACUGUAGUGUUGAAGCAAAGAAUUUCGUGGGUGUUCAUGUGAACCCUCCAAACGGUUCACCUAAAAUGAAAGUGUAAUAUUUGUCCAAUGAAGGCAGAGAAGUUGCAUUAUGAAAUACAGCAUAAGUGAUUUGAACAUUUAUGUUAUUUUUUGCUUCACAUCUACAGCACAUUCCUUGGCUUAUGUUAUUAUGCACCUUGUAGGGUUACAAACAAAUUCAUCUGUUGUAAAGGUCAACUGUAGCAUAGCCUUCCAUAUACUUUCUUUGCUUAUUGGUAUAAGAUGCAGUUCCUCUGAGAGAAGCAUUGGAAAUGUAAUGUCACAUUUCCCAAUGGGCAAAUGAUAUGCGAGGCUGUUGCGAUAGUUAUGACAGAAAGUAUGCCCGUAAUCUUGGACAAUAUUGUAUAAUAUAUAUGAAAAAAGAGAAUACAUAUUAUGACCUUCCAAAGGAAAGAUCUAAAAGAAGUGGGAUGACAUCACAGUCAUAAGAGCAGUGGGACCUAGAGCUCAUUCAUUGUAGUGGAAGACUUGCAUCUUUAAAAUUUCAAUGCAGACCCAUUGAUUGAUUGAUUGACCCACUGAUAUUGCCGACGCGCUGUUAGGAAUCUUUUCCUGCCUUCCUUUGUCCUUAGGGCCCCUUAUCUGAGGUACACAGAGCAUCUUCAGAACAGUGAUCAUAGAGCAUUUUUAAAAGCUUAUUUUCAUACUCAGCAACCUUGCCUUCCCCUCAAGACACUGUUUCACUGCUUUUCUCUUCUGUGAAGUUUGUUUCUUAGACCUUCUGGCACAAAACAUGUACUCGCACCGAACUUCUUGUAGCGUGCUGAAUGCAACUUCAGCAAGUUCAGUAUUUCAACGUACAAACCAGGGGCGUCGGAGGGUAGGGGGAGACCCCUGCACAGAUGCUGCAGGGGCAUCAGGAGAAGGGUGUGCGGUACGCUAUCUUAGAAUGCAAAUUUUUACAGGAUUUGCACAUUCAUUUGUGUUGAUCUUGCUUACUGCACCCCUUUUAAUACGCUCUCCAGAACUGUCAUUACUCCUCUGACACAAAAACCCAUUCGAAAUUAAAAGUUGUCUGUUUUCAUUAUUGAUAUGAAGAACAACGAGCCAUUAUUUUUUGUUGUUGUUUAUUUGUGCCAUUUGUUUGUUGUUGUUUGUUUGUUACUGACCUGCAAAAGGGGACAAAACCCCCGUCUAACCGAGCACUUUGGAGUACCAUGAGUAUGAGUACCAUUUCCGAUGCCCCUGGUAUGGACCCAGACAGAACUGCUUGACAUGAAAUAUUCUCUGCCGCCUCUGCACGAUACUGAACUUGUAGUCCCUUCCUUUCACUUCCUAUGCACAGGUAGAAUCUCUUCGGGAAGGCCUUCGAGCGUAAUUAUGUGGACACAAAGUUGACAUAUAUGUAAAUAGCGUAGCACACGGAUGCACGUGGCAUUCUUGAUACAGGAUGGUUGUAUUGUAUUUCGAGGAAAUAUUUUUUUAUAUUAAAAGUAAACUUGUUUUUGGUGGAAAU